UGUACGAGAAGAAGAAGCACGUUGUGGCAAAACAUAAACAAUUUGCAAUUGCGCCCUAAAUUAAAUUUAAAUAUGUAUAAAAUUACGCUUAUUUAUUAAAAUUAAAAGCAACAAGUAACUAAACAAAAGCCAAUAGAACCUCAACUGGACGGAAGACACAAAGUACAAACAACUUGUCACUGUCCGAGCCUUGCUCCUUAGCACGUGUUGCUCGUUCUUUUGAACAUGCCACGAAGAUAUACUAAGAAACUAAAGCUAGAGCAGCUCAACUCCACCAUACACUCCAAGGCAGAGGAGGAUCACGUGGGAUCAAGUUCCGGUAGCGAAUUCGAGGCUGAAGAACCAGACCCAGAAGAUGCCUCACAGCUGAAGGAGGAUGAUGAUGGAGAGGAGAAUGGCGAUGACAAUGGGAUGGAAAAUUUAUUACGAAAUGUCUUGGAGCUUACACCACAUUUUUCCCAUUUCUCAGACAACAGGGGAAUGAAUGUAAAACUAGAUGAUCCCAUACAAUUGUUUCCCAGGUGUUCUGUAACAAUGCCCGUUCCCGUAUAUAUAGCCAAUAGCCACACACCCAUAGUAGAACCUUGCGUAUUACGCAAUCAGGCCUAUGAGGAAUGGCUGCGACAAUUGCAAAUGACUCUGGCCCAACAUAAGGCACAAGAGAAGAAGAUGAAGGAUCGCGAAUUGAAGCAUGAACAGAAAAUAUACGGUACGCAUCUCUUUGAUAUGGCCGAACAGAUAGCCACACAGGAGAAUUCAUAUUUUAGAGAUAGUUAUGAUUACUAUUAUACCGGUGGCAAUGUACAAUUGAUGCCCUUUGAGGGCAAAACUCUUGCCAUGCAUGUCAGUGGACACAAAUUGAGGGAAAUCCAUGUAUCCGAAGUUAUACCAAAUGCCGAGUGUUGGAAACCAAAGCAUAGCGAAAGGAUCGGAGCGGAAAUGUCAAGCGAAAUAUUUGAAAUAAUUAAUUUGGAGAGUUAUCUAGUUAAUCAUGGGCAUUUCUUUUUAACCAGAUAUCUCAAGGAAAUUUCCAUAUACGAAAUUAAAAAGAAUGAACCAGACGAAGACGAUGAUGAUGAUGACGAUAACGAGGAGGACACUUAUACAUUAAAAUGCCAUAGUAAUUUAACUAAUCAGCAUGGAAAUUUUAUAAGUGCAGCGCAAUCUUUGGGUCAGGCCAAGCAUUUGGCAUUGGCCAGUCAGGAUCGCUCCAUACAACAGAUGGACAUGUCCACGGAACAGCAAGUAACUAAAUUUGAUGUGUGUCUGUUGAAAAGUCUAAAGCAAUCAAGUAGCACAUGGGCUCAAUUAUUGGCUAUGGAUGCAAAUUGUUUCUAUUAUGCCGCCCAGCCAGUAUUUCUUACUGUGGACAUGCGUUGCGAGAAUACCAAUCUGAAUCCCUGUUUCGCCUCCAGUUUGUAUUCACAGCAAUGCGAAACUUUCUCCUGUCUGCAUCGUAGUGUAAAUCCGAAUCUUCUCUAUGUGGCUAGUAAUCAUAAAUUGCAUUGUCUUGAUAUGCGUCAGAUGGGUAAAAAGAUAUCGGAUCGAUCGAUCGUGACAUGGACACAUCAAAUGAAUUAUCCUCCCACUUUCAUGGACACUUGCGUAUUUGAGGGUGAUGAAUAUAUUGUUUUGGGCAGUGCUUUACCCUCUGAUCAAAGGCUGUGUGAGUUACAAAAUUCUUUGGGAACCCCAACCUCGACAUGUCUUCCCUAUGCCCCACCAAGUUUGGACGAAGCUCUCACAGAUGCUCGACUACGUGGUUCGAUUAGUGUAUAUGCCGAUCUGCCAGAGCGUGUGAAAUGUUGUCAUACUGGUUUGAAAUUUCAAAUCUUGGAAAAUAGCUCAGAUAAAUCAUUUGCUCAGCUAUUGACAUCGACAUCCAUAGGUGAUGUCUAUUGCCAGAGAUUUACUCCACGAGAUGAUGAGGAAAAGAAGAAGGAGUUAAGAACUGGUCUACAUACGGCAGAGGCAAUUAGUUAUUUUGCCAAUCUUGUUCAAAAAAAUGUCGAUCAGAGACCGCUCAAAUGCACAGAGGUACAACAUGUUAGUGUCCUAAGGGAUAUAUUAAAAUCUGACGAAGAAAGAGUUGCUGAAGAUGAAAAGCCUUUUGAAGUGGAAGACAUUGUCAUUGACUAUGGUUUUGACGAUUCGGAUAAAGAGAGCGAAAAUGGCAAUGAGGCAAAUGUAAAAUCACCUACCAAAGAACAACAAACACCCACCAAGAAACAACAGUCUCCUGCGAAGGAAGUCCAACCAACGCCAAAAGCAGCAUUAUCACCUCCUCCUCCUACUCCUCCUGAAGAUGAAGCUGAAGCUGAAGCCGAAGCCUUAGAUAUACCCAAACAAAAGACCGUAAAUCGUGGCCCAUGGCAACAAUCGGCCUUUCAGUUGGGUCGUUAUACAGACAUGAUUACCACACGUCUUCUGAGUGUAUGGGAUUUGGAAGAAUAUGAUCAGACCAGAGAUGUUAACAUUGAUAUGAUCGAUGAGAAAUUAAAGAAGGAAGGCAAUGUAACGAUUAAAAUGGAAGAUCGUAUGGCAAAUUGGCUCAAAAAUUUAGCCAAUGAACCUGGUCCCCAACGUGAACCCAAAGAUGAACCCCUUGUGCCGGGCACAAAUCUCUUAAAACACUAUGAAGCCAAAUAUGCAGAUUAUUCCGAAGUGCCUAUACCCAAUAUUGUACCUAAAAUUGAAAACUAUUCCGAUGAACGUCGUCAUUCUCUACUGGAAGUUGAGCAAUUUACUGCAAUUGAAUAUGAUUUUGAAGCCACCGCUUCUACCUCACAGCAAAUUGUUGCACCCAAACGGGCGAAACCCAAAGUCAAGCACACAAAGGGUUUUUAAGACAAAUACGAAUAGUUUUUACGAUAUAUGUAAAAUAUGUUAAUAAAUACUAAAUGAUUUUGUUUAUUAAACAAAAGUUA